AUGAAGAUCUUCCUGCUGAUUGUCCUGCUGUUCUCUGCUUUGACAGAUAUUUUGUGCCAGAACGUCAGUCCUGAUGAGGAUAACUGGAUGAGUGACAGGUAUCCAGGCGAGGUAAAUGUGCUGGAGUCUGAUCUACAGACGAUGUUGGAAAGGGUCAGCCGAGCACCUGGACUACAACAGGUUUUCGGUCUAAUGGGGAAAAGAUCAUCUGCAAAAUCACAGAUAACACGAAGACGGCAGAAAUUCCAGACUUUUGUGGGUUUAAUGGGAAAACGGAAUGUGGUUGAACCAGGAUCCUUCUAGAGAAAAGACGAGCGCUGUGACUUUGUUGAAGCUUUUAACAUGCACCUAAUUUUGGUCCAAACUGAUAAUGCUCUGUUCUGAAAUAAAUAAAUUAAAAAUAAAAACAAGAUAAUAG